AUGAACCUAUCAUGUGAUAGGUCUGAGAGGCAGGAACCUGUCCCUAUGCCACCAAAGAAGAAAGGAAGGCCUAGGAAGGAACAAUUUGAACCCAGUCAAGCAUCAUGUGAUAGGUCUGAGAGGCAGGAAGCAGUUCCUAUGCCACUAAAGAAGAAAGGAAGGCCAAGGAAAAAGGUACAUUCUGAUCCAAAUCAAGCAUCAGGUUCUAAAUCUAUUAAAAGCAAAAAUGAUGGUUUAGAUGGUCAUGUUGAAGGUAGGGGAUGUGAGGAACAAGUGAAAGAUUUGUUUGACAAUGAAGAUAUUGAUGAUGACAGUUUGGUUGAUAUGAUGUGCACUUUUGAAGCUUCUCUUAGCCAACCAAAGGAUAAUUAUCAGAAAAAUGAUGGAUUCCAAGAUGCAAUGGAUGCUAUUAUUCAAAGUAUUCUUCAUGCUAAUGAUGACAAAGGUGUUGAGGAAGUUGAACCUGACCUGACAAAAAAACUUGAUGAGGUUGAAGAUGCAAUGGAUGCUAUUCUUAAAGGUACAGAUGAAAAAAGAAAUGCAAGUGAUGUUCUCCCAGAGAUGGUGAUGCUAGAUCUAGAAAAUGUAGCAGACCUACUUGGGGCAGGAUAUAGCAUGACUGAAAUAGAGAGCUUGAGAGGGUUCAAAGUUGAAUUGGAUGAUAUGCCAACAGUUAAGAUGGAUGUGAAUGAAGUUGAGGAUAUUCCAUAUGUUGAUGGUGUGAUGGAAGGAAAUGAAGAUGAUGGUCUUAUAAAUGAUGUUGUGGAGGAAAAUGAGGGUGAUGGUGAAGGUGAUGAUGCUGAUGAAGUAGCAGGUGAGGGUGAUGGUGAGGUUGAUGGUGAUGGUGCUGGUGAGGGUGAUGGAGAGGGUGAUGGUGCUGGUGAGGAUGAUGGAGAGGGUGAUGGUGCUGGUGAGGAUGAUGCAGCAGAUAUGGAGGGAAAUGAUGUUGAUGAUGAAGGUCAUGUACCACCUAGAAGGACAAGAAAGCCCUCAGAAAGGAUCAUCCUGCAAAAGUUGAAGAAACCUUGUUUUGACAAAGAUGGAAGGGGUUCCACAUCUAGCUAUCCAGUAGAUUUGGAGUAG